GAAGACCACCAGUUCAUGGCGGCUCUGCUGGUGAACAAGCAGCUGUGGUGCGGAGCUGUCAUCAUUGACUCCGACAGGGUCCUGACUGCGGCACAUUGCUUGCAAUUACAAUACAACAAUCGUUUCUUCAGAGAAUACGUGAGAAUGCUGACAGUACGCGUGGGUUCAGACAACGCUACCGCCGGAGGGGAGUUAUACAGAGUUACCGAAAUAAUUUUUCACCCGAACUACAAACCUCAAACCUUGGAGUUCAACUUGGCUGUGCUGAAACUGCAUAAGAACAUGAGUUUUGACAGGAGCGAGCCGAGACUCGAAAAGGUCCGGUACUCCAGAGAUAAAGUGGUGCCGGCCAAUAAAGAGAUCUUGUUUCUUGGGUGGGGGUCGGUUGUGGGUAUUGGUGGAGAAGGUGGCGCCGUAUUGUUGCAAAAAGUCACAUUGCCAGUGUACAAUUUGGCAGAUUGCCAAGAAAUAUAUGGAAGGGAUUUGGUGACAAGGAGUAAUUUCUGCGCCGGCUACAUAACCGUUGCUAAGAAUGUAUGCAAUCACGACGCAGGCGGGCCGGCCCUGCUAGACGGCAUGCUAGUUGGAAUCCUAUCAUUUUCGGCGCAGCGUUGUGACAUCACGGACAAACCAGCCGUCUUCACCAAUAUCGGCACCGUCUCUGAUUGGCUGGACUCUACGAAGACUCCGACCAAUAAGAAAAAGAUGAGGCAACAUUGA